AUGUCUGACGGAAAGGAGAGAGAGAAUCAUGUUUACAUGGCCAAGCUCGCCGAACAAGCUGAGCGUUAUGAUGAAAUGGUUGAAAGUAUGAAAAUGGUUGCAAAACUAGAUGUUGAACUAUCAGUCGAGGAAAGGAAUCUGCUCUCUGUUGGGUACAAGAAUGUGAUCGGUGCACGAAGAGCUUCUUGGCGUAUCAUGUCUUCCAUUGAGCAAAAGGAAGAGUCAAAAGGAAAUGAGAACAAUGUUAAGCUGAUUAAGGGUUAUCGCCAGAAAGUCGAAGAGGAAUUAUCCAAGAUUUGCUAUGAUAUUUUGUCCAUCAUUGACAAGCAUCUAGUUCCCUCUUCUGGUUCAGGAGAAGCUACUGUUUUCUAUUACAAGAUGAAAGGUGACUAUUUCCGCUACCUUGCUGAGUUUAAGACUGAUCAAGAAAGAAAAGAGGCAGCUGAUCUAUCACUCAAGGGCUACGAGGCAUCCACUGCUAAUACAGAUCUACCUUCAACCCACCCUAUCCGUCUUGGUCUCGCUUUGAACUUCUCCGUGUUCUACUACGAGAUUAUGAAUUCUCCUGAGCGGGCUUGUCAUUUGGCUAAACAAGCUUUUGAUGAGGCAAUUGCUGAGUUGGAUACUUUGAGUGAAGAGUCUUAUAAAGACAGUACCUUAAUUAUGCAGCUGUUAAGAGACAACCUCACUCUCUGGACCUCUGAUUUGCCUGAAGAUGGAGGUGAGGAGACUGUCAAAGCUGAGCCUGAGAGUGAAGAACCUAUCACAGCACAAUCUAUGGUGAAAUUCUCUUCUUUAUUCUUUUCAUCCGUGUCGAAACAGUCUUCUUCGAUAACUAAAAUCGUGUUUUGUCUUGCAGAGUUGAUUGUGAUCAUCAAGAACAACAAUACCAUGAAGCAAUUUGUGUUAGCCACAUUCUCCCUCAAAGGGUUUACAUUUCCAGUUUCUGAUCAAAUCAGAGCAGCAUGUCUGUAG